AUCAUAGCGCGACCCGUGUGCCUCAUCACGAAGUCGCACAUCUAUUUUUCUCUUCGACGCUUGGUUCUUAUUUAUCAGCAUGCCUCUACCAGCAGCUCUUCUGGCCCGCCUGGCCAAAAGAGGGAUAGUGAAACCAUCAGAUCAAGCAGAUGAAGAAAUCAUUGCAGAGGACUACGACGACAACAAUGUGGAUUAUGAAGCGACAAGGAUGGAGAAUCUGCCGCCAAACUGGUAUAAAGUGUUUGACCCAACAUGCGGUUUGCCUUACUACUGGAAUGUGGAAACAGAUUUGGUGGCUUGGCUUUCUCCAAAUGAUCCAUCAGCCCAAAUUACAAAAGCUGCCAAAAAACUGAGAGCGGAGGAGGAAAGGUCGGAGCGGCAGCUUGAGAAGCCAGACAAAGAGCGUGACAGAGACCGUGAGCGAGAACGUGAGAGGGAAAGAGACCGGGAGCGUGAGGAUGGAAGGGACAGAGACAGAAGGAAACAACGGAGGGAUGAGUCGGCUUCGCACCACAAAACCAAAAGAGCAAGAAAAGAUGAUGAAAUGGACCCAAUGGAUCCAAGUGCUUACUCAGAUGCGCCAAGGGGCUCAUGGUCAAGUGGCCUCCCGAAGCGAAAUGAAGCAAAGACCGGAGCAGAUACGACAGCAGCAGGCCCUCUGUUCCAACAGCGGCCGUACCCCAGUCCCGGAGCUGUACUUCGAGCUAACGCAGCUAACCACCCACCAAAAGAGUAACCAGAGCUUGUCAGCAACACACACUUGUUUUCUCCAUCACCUUAAAAAUGUGGCUGAUGAACAGGUUAAAUUUUUCAUUGAUUGUAAAUACGACCUCUAGUUUUUAGAGCUUCAUUAAAAU